ACAGGUCGCUACUGCGAAGCGACAAAAUGAUAGCUCAAUUAUUCAUAGCAUUCAUUUUUCUUUGUUCCAGAAUCAAUGCAUCGAGCAACUUCUACCCAAGGUACCAUCUCGCUCCACCAAAGGGUUGGAUGAACGACCCUAAUGGCUUUUGCUUCUUCAAUGGCGAAUAUCAUCUCUUCUACCAGUAUAACCCUGAAAGCAGCUACGAACCUGGAAUAGCCCACUGGGGACACGCCAAAAGUGUAGACCUGUUUCAUUGGCAACAUCUCCCGAUCGCAAUGUACCCCGAUCAAUGGUACGACGUAGGAGGAGUAUUUUCUGGAAGUUGUAUUGUGGACGACAAUACAAUGAACCUGUACUAUACAGGAAAUGUUAAUCAUAAAGGUGAAACACCAGAUCAUAAUCAAUACCAGGCACUGGCAACAAGUACGGAUGGAGUCACUGUAACGAAAUUUGAAAUGAAUCCUGUAAUUAAUGGUAGUGAAUAUCAACCAGACCUCCGAGAUCCUAAAGUAUGGAAACAUGGUGAUAAAUAUUACAUGGUAUUAGGCAAUUCAUUCAUAGGCAGCAAUAAUGAAAAACUUGGACGAGCUCUCCUCUGGGUAUCAACUGACAAAAUAAACUGGGAAAUGGCAUCUGUACUGUUGGAAUCGGAUGGUAAACUAGGAUACAUGUUUGAAUGUCCUGAUUUCUUUGAACUAGACGGCUAUCAUGUUUUACUGUUCUCACCGCAAGGCAUAAAACCUGAAGGAGAUAAAUAUAGAAAUUUGUACCAAACAGGUUACGUAAUUGGAAAAUUUGACUAUGAUACUAACGUUUUUACUCCAAUUUAUUCAUUCAAGGAAUUUGACCAUGGUCAUGAUUUGUACGCUACACAAACCACUUUGGAUGAGGAUGGAAACAGAGUAGUUGUUUGCUGGAUGGAUAUGUGGGAUCAAAACUACCCAGAAAUGAAUGAAGGUUUUACUGGACACAUGACCAUCCCGAGAGUAAUCCGACUUACAAAAGACGGAAGGAUUCUUCAGAAACCUGUCAAAUACAUAUCAGAAGCAAGAGGCCGUACGAUUCACUCUGGUAAAACACGAGGUGACAAAGUGAUUGCUUUAGAUGAUAAUACUGGUGAGAUAAUAAUUGAAACGACUAGAAUGCGGGACCUAGAAUUACUGAUAGAAUCAAACUCAAAUGUGGUGAAAAUAAGUUACAACCAGGCAAGGGGUCUUAUCACACUUGACCGAGGCGGUAAUGAUGGAGUGCGUCGUACUAACUGGAAACCUAAAGGCAAAUUGAUUUGGAAGAUCUACAUCGACGGCAGUUCUAUUGAACUAUUCUGUGGUGAGGGUGAGGUUGUCUUUUCAAGCAGAUUCUUCCCCACAGGGCCAGUUAGCGUACGUUUGGGAAGGAGAAGCGAAGCUGACAAUAUGAGAGUUAGUAGCAUGAAACGCACAGUUGAUAUAAAACCCGAAGAUGUUCCAACGGAUGAUGUUCCUAACUAAUCCACUUUAAGAAACCAAAGAUCUUUACUUAUCAUUAUUAUAUUAUUAUGUAUCAUCGUACAGUGAUAGAUAAAUAGUUUUCUUCAUGCCAUAAUAAAUAUUGAAAUUUUA